AAUAAAAUAAGUUGCUAUGUCAUGAUUACCUUGCACUAGAGUUUAGAGAAUUGCACACAGCCACAGCAGGUUUUGGAGAAGAGACAGGACUGAAAGGGAGGGACGUUGGGGGAGGUCAUAAAUACUAGCACAGGAUGAAGCAGACACACAAGGCAGAGUAACAGAGGACAAGGCUAAACAAGUUGGGUGAUGUCAAAAAGGUGACGAGAAGACAUCCUGGUUCUCUAGUGUGACAGAUAUGUGAGUGGGGCAUGAAAAACAGUAGAAGAGACAACGCAACAGUGAAGAGAUCUUUCCUUUCUGGAUUUUAGCUUUUCUUUGAGUUUUGGAACUUCGGCUUCACCAGUCAUACAGACCUGUGUGUUUUUAGGCUGAUGCAGAGACAGAUCCUGGGUUUAAAUCUACUAUUCUUCAAAAAGACAGAAAGCAAGGUAUAAAAAGAUGAACGGGAGGUCUUCAUCUACGUGCAAAGAUGGAAAAGUUGAGUCAAAUAGACUUGAAGUUUCGCAAAACGAAAAAGAUCCUGAUGGGAGUUUGUUGGGCAAGACCAAGAAGAAGGUGGAACUGGGGAAGAAAGUGACUUUGCUGCGAGGAAUCUCCAUCAUCAUUGGGAUCAUCAUUGGAGCUGGGAUUUUCAUCUCCCCAAAGGGAAUCCUGAAACACUCAGGGAGCGUAGGAAUGUCCCUGAUAGUUUGGAUCGGCUGUGGUGUGCUGUCACUGUUUGGAGCCCUGUCUUAUGCGGAGUUGGGGACUUGUAUUAAGAAGUCUGGAGGACACUACACAUAUAUAUUGGAGGCAUUUGGACCUCAAGUGGCUUUCGUUAGACUCUGGGCUGAUCUCAUUGCAAUAAGGCCUACAGCGAUGGCAGUCAUCUCUCUGGCCUUUGGGCAGUACAUCCUGGAGCCACUGUUCAUGUCAUGCGAAACCCCCACCAUGGCUGUCAAACUGGCCACGGCCAUCGGCCUAACUAGUGUCAUGUAUCUGAACAGCAUGAGUGUUACGUGGACAGCCAGAAUUCAAAAUGUCCUCACCCUCAGCAAACUGCUGGCCAUCAUCAUCAUCAUAGUACCAGGGCUGUACCUGCUCUUUCAAGGAGAGACCAAAAACUUUAAGAAUGCCUUUGAUCUUAGCAAUAUGGAGUUGUCUGGUAUGCCACUGGCUUUUUACUCUGGGAUGUAUGCAUACUCUGGGUGGUUCUACCUGAACUUUGUGACAGAGGAGAUAGACAACCCUGAGAAGACUGUGCCAUUAGCCAUCUGUAUCUCCAUGGCGAUCGUGACGUCUUGCUAUGUGCUGAUCAACAUUGCGUACUACACUGUGAUGUCAGCUGAGGAGCUCCUGGCCUCAGAGGCCGUGGCUGUGACAUUUGCAGAGAAGCUUCUGGGGAACUUUUCGGUGGCAGUUCCGGUGUUUGUGGCAAUGUCCUGCUUCGGGUCCAUGAACGGCUCCGUCUUUGCUUUGUCAAGAAUGUUCUACGUUGCGUCACGUGAAGGCCAACUCCCUGAGGUCAUGUCGAUGAUCCACAUCCGCAGACAUACUCCACUGGCUGCUGUCCUCAUACUGUACCCUUUGACCAUUCUCCAGAUAUUUGUGGGAGACAUCUACAGUCUGUUGAACUUCAUGAGCUUUCUGCGGUGGCUAUUCAUUGGAGUGGUGGUUCUGGGUUUGAUCUACCUCCGAUAUACAAAGCCUGAUCUCCCUCGUCCCUUUAAGGUCCCGCUCUUCAUCCCAGUGGUGUUCUGCGUCACAUGUUUUUUUAUGGUCUUCCUAUCACUCUAUUCGGACCCCUUCAACACAGGAAUUGGAUUUGCCAUUUCUCUCACCGGCAUCCCUGCAUAUUACGUUUUCAUUUACUUCGACAGCAGACCAAAGUGGCUUCAGAGGACUAUAGAUUCCUUCAAUCGAACUUUGCAGAUAGUCUUGGAAGUGGUCCCAGCUGACCAGUAAUGCCAUUCUGGUUGUUUGCUGAGCAUGUACCACGCACCAGCAGACGGAGGCUGACUCACAGUAGAUUCAUUAAAUUCACAGUAACACAAUGGUCAAGUCCAGAGACUUUUUAUACUACUUUUUAUGUACUAAUAAAAAUUUAAAUGGGUUUUAUUAAAGUAUGAAGCUUUUUAUGUAGAUGAUGUACACAAUGUUCUAAAUCUCUGUCUAUUACCACAAUAGUGGCAUUUUGAUAUUUGUUUCAAGUUUCAAGUGUUCUACAAAUGAAAUGUAUUGUUGUAAUAAUUAUUAUUAGUAGCAGUAGUAGUAGUCUUAGUAGUAGUAGUGGUAGUAGUAGUAGUAGUGGUGGUAAUAGUAGUAAUAGUAGUAAUAGUAGUAGUAGUAGUAGUAGUAGUAGUAGUAGUAGUAGUAGUAUCAUCCUUAUAAUUAUCAUCAAAUACUGUCUGUACUAAAGUGUUUUUAAUCUCUUCCUUUAUACUAAGCUUUGUGAUGUUGAUGUUGGGAUACUAAGAAGCCACACUGAUGUUUGAGGCUUUUCUGUGGAUACAUUUUAAAAGAUAUUUGAAAAGAAUAGUGAAAUAUGUUUACUGUAUCACAACUCAUUUAACACAGAGCCAAGUGGUCAGACAGAUACUCAAAAAUAA